CAAAACAACCCACAGCAGAUCUCGUGUCCAGUGACUGUAUCCUCUAACAGGGCUUCCAGGGCCACUCAGUGGACCUAUGAACUACAUCUCCCAUGAUCCCGCUCAGCAUCCCAAGUUAUACAUACCGGGUGCACAUGCUUCAAGGGAUGUUGUGAAACUGUUGCACCUGACAGGAUUGCUCAUCACUGUCUACAAAUCGAUGCACAGCUCCAUCCCUCAUGAGAUAGCCGAAAAACUUGACUAACAUUUCAGCAGAAUCAGAGCGUCUUCUAUUACCAUGGAUAAACAGGCCACAGUGGUGUUUCGAAAUGUGGGACAACUGUACUUCCCCCAAACCAGAGUUGAGUGCCACUACAGUCUGACCUCCGAGCAUCAAUGGAGCAACAGUGACUGGAUUGGCAUUUUUGAGGUGGGCUGGUCCACUGUGAAGGAGUAUUACACCUAUACAUGGGCUCUUGUUCCUGAAAACUACACUGAGGGAACCAAUGUGAACUGUUGUGCUCUUUUCCAUGCAUUUUACCUUCCCCGGCCAAGUGAUGUGGAAUAUCAGUUUGUGUAUGUGGAUAAGAUGGGUAAAGUGUGUGCUCGGAGUCGUCCCUUCACAUUCUGUGCUCCUAAACCUCUGGAUGAGCUGGAGACUCUAAAGGAAGAACAGGAUGAAGAGGAUGGGGAGGAAGAGGAGCUGCUCCUCGUCAUCCCCAGGGCUCAGCUGCUGCAGAGUCGUCUAGAAGAGAGUUUAAAAGAACAGACCAAUUUACAACAGGCUCUGGACAUGUCGAGGAAGGAAACGCAGAACGAGAAAGAAAAGAGCAAGAAAGCGGAGAUGGAGUGGGAAUGUGAAAGAGCGUCAAUGCAGGAGGAGAUCUCAGAGCUCAGAGACAACCUGAGACAUAACACCGAGAUGUUGAGGAACAUGGAGGGAAGACAUAAGGAUGUGAAAUACAGUGAGGAGAGUCUGACCUGUGAACUGACCAAAAUAUUGGCCGAAAAAACAGAGAGUCAUCAGCAAAUAAAAGACCUGGAGGAAGACAUCAAGGUUUUGACUGAAAGGGAGAAGGAAAGAAACAUGGAGCUGGAAAGGCUGAAAGAAAGAGUGAAGAAAAUGACCAUUCAGAUGAAACACGAUGAGGACAAAAGAAAGUCUCUGCAGGUAGAGAACGAGGCCGCCCUGGCGGAGGCACGAGGCCUUCAGGAGCGUCUGAAUGCCAGUGAACAUGCAGUUGAAAGCAUGCGCAGGGAGCUGAGGGAGCUGGGCACCCGCCACAGCCACCUCCACACUGAGCUGCACCAGGCCCGGCUGCAGGUGGCCCAGCUCAGCCUGCAUCUGUCUGAGGAGAACCUGGUCCUCCGAGAGGAGCGCGCCAACUGGGCCAUGGAGAGGGAGGCCUCCAAAGUGUCUGCAGAAGCGGAUAAAAACAAACUGCAGGAGCUGAGCUGUGAGAUACAGAGGAAGGAGGAGUGGCUCCAGGAGGAAAGGAUCGAAAGGGAAAAACUAGAAAUCGAGCUGGGACGAGAGAGAGACUGCAACAGGGUGCAGCUGAGCGAUGCCAAAAGAGAAGUGCAGGAGGUGAAGGCAGCUCUGAGGAAGAUGCAGAAGGAGAGAGAGGAGCAGCAGCUGGAGAAACAGGACCUGCUGAGCUCCAUCCAUCAUCUGGAGCAGAGGUUGGGAAUUCUGCCAGAAACUAAGUCAAAUGAAAAAGCUGCCAAAUCGACUUCAGCUCCUGACUCUUCCUCUGAGGAUGAUGAGGCUUCUCCUUCAGCGUCCUCCAGGUCGGUCUGCUCUCCUCUAUUCUUGUCCAGUCACCUGGAACGACCUGAUGAAACCCAGGUCUCCACUGAGACACAUGUCCACAACAGUGAAGACACACAGGAUGAGAAGGAGGAUGAACCAGAGGCAACAGAAGUUCAAGAGAAGCAGCUGAAUCUACCACGACUUGUCGACCCUGUGCUGAGUGAGCUGUUUGACUCCCCCAUGUGGUAACACAAAGACAGAUGGACGCAAACCACGCUCCCCCUUUACCACCGACAUGAAAGUUCAUGAAGGUCACCUGGAAAACAAGACACAUUUUAUUAUCUAUUGAUGCUUUUAUUAAUAAAUGAUAGCUGUUUAUGUACUUAUUAGCCUUCACAAAGGUCAUUAUCUUAACCCAUAAAGACCUGGUGUUACUUUUAUGGCACUUUCCAAAUGAAUUUUUCUCUGUAUUUAACCUUUCGUAAGUGAUUUGUCAGCACUAAUUAUAAUAUUAU